GAAAAUAUGCAAAUGUUUACAUUCGGAUAAGUGUAUCCAGCAAGGCGGCAUCAUGGCGGACGUACUCGAUCUUCACGAGGGAGGAGAGGAGUUUGAAGUUGACGAAGAAGGAGACCAGGGAAUCCAGAAGCUGAAAGAAAAGGCACGGAAAAGAAAGGGCAGAGGGUUUGAUGGAGAUGCCCCCCGAGGCAGGGAGUCAGAGGAACACUAUGAGUCGGUAGAGGCAGACAGUGACCAGCCAGGGCCUCAGAGAUCCGUGGAGGGUUGGAUCCUGUUUGUGACAGGUGUCCACGAAGAAGCACAGGAAGACGACAUCUACGACAAGUUUGCGGAGUUUGGGGAGAUCAAAAACCUGCACUUGAACCUGGACAGACGAACAGGCUUCCUCAAGGGCUAUGCUCUGGUGGAGUACGAGACGUUUAAGGAGGCCCAGGCAGCCAUGGACGCUCUGAACGGGACAGAGAUCCUGGAGAACACAAUACAUGUGGACUGGUGCUUCGUCAGGGGGCCACCGGGGGGCAGGUCACGCAGGAGCGGACGACGCAGAAGGAGCCAGAGUCCCCGUCGGCGCUAAGUUGACAGCAGUUGGCUAUUUCUCUGAGCAUUAUUGGGGGGUGUUAGAGUAAAACAUUGCCAUGUACAUUGUAUGUGAGGAAGGCCUAAGUAUCAGCAGACACUAGACAGUACUACAACUGUGCUUUAUUCAGAGACAUGUAGCCUAUUGGCUCAUUGGAAGUGUCUAGUGAUGCUCUGUACUGUUGUAGUAGGAUGUACAGUGGUCAAAAGACAAAAAGUGAUUUUGUAUAGUUUCCAUCAAACCAUGUGAAUCUUGAUAAGAUUAAAAGUUUAGUGUUUUGUGUUUAGCUUAGGAUUUUAGUUUAUACCUCCUCAUUUCCAUAGGCUUUUUCUACCCAGGUCAGAGAAGUUUUUCCCCAGGGCAUAUCCAAUCUCCAUAUGAAUAUUACAAGCAGAACACUUUUUUCCAGAAUAACUUUUGUAUGUUUUAGCCAUCUUUAUAAAACACACCAAUAUGUAAUCCAUUCCAUUCACUUUGUAUCUUUUUGAGAUCAGUUAACUUUCAACAAUGAAAUCGUCCCUUAGUGCACCACAUUAUUACUGGGUCACUAGUAAUUUCGACUGUUAAAAGGCUUAAUACGUACACAGGUAAUGCUGUUUAAACUGCUUUUUGAGUUUUAAUUAUACUUAUUGUAUGGAAGUUCUUCAUUGUUCUCAUAUUGGUCAGUUGAAAAGUUUGGUGGACAAGAGGAAU